AUGCUGCAGACACUGGUCCUUAUGCUGCUACAAGCAGCAUAUGUUUUUAGUUGUGGUACACCUGCUGUCCAGCCCAACACUGGUAGGGUUGUAAAUGGAGAGGAUGCCCAUCCCCAUAGCUGGCCUUGGCAGAUUUCCCUGCAGGUGAAGCACGGCAGUCGUUACCAUCACACCUGUGGAGGGACUCUGGUUGGACCUCGCUGGGUACUGACCGCUGGACACUGCAUCUGGCCAGGAGAUGUGUACCGUGUGGUAUUGGGAGAACAUGACAUGAGCCAGCAGGAGGGAACUGAACAGAUCAUAGAUAUUCUGCGCAUUGUUGUCCAUCCUAACUGGGACAUCAACCACGUCUCUGAUGGGAAUGAUCUUGCCCUGCUGAAACUGGAUAAGAGCCCCAUUAUGAAUGACAGCGUGGGCAUUGCUUGUCUUCCACAGGCUGGAGAGAUCCUCGCCCAUGGAGCCCCGUGUUACAUCACUGGCUGGGGAAACCUUUACACUCAUGGCCCCAUGCCUGAUAAACUGCAGCAGGCCCUGCUGCCUGUAGUGGAGCACAGUGUGUGCAGCCGCAGCGACUGGUGGGGGAUCAACGUCAAGAGCACCAUGAUCUGUGCAGGAGGAGACAUCGUAUCAGGAUGCAAUGGAGACUCUGGCGGUCCUCUUAACUGUGUGGCUCAGGAUGGUAGGUGGUAUGUCCAGGGUGUAACCAGCUUUGUUUCCUCCCGUGUUUGCAACGAAGUGAAGAAGCCCACAGUCUUCACCCGUACCUCUGCCUUCACCGAGUGGCUCAGCGAGGUAAAUUAA